AUGAAUCAUAAAAUCGAAAGUAUUGAUAUCAAUAUAUCGUUGAAUAACGAUCAACAACCUAAUGUUGUUAAUGAAAUCAUCAAAUAUCUAAUUACUUUUAAUAAUCUAGGACAACAGUCGUUUGUAGCUACAACCAAUGCAGGAAGAAUAAGUAAAUCUGCACAAUCGAAAAUAGAUAAAUUUCAAAAACAAUGUGAUCGUUUGUUUCAAUCGAUUCAAAGAGAGUUUAGUAAACCCUCGACAGAAAUAGCAAUGGUUGCAUUAAUAUUCGGUAGUUCUGUUAUAUCACCAAGAGAAAUCUAUCUAAUUAGAUUUGCACAAUCGUCGACAAUAACUAGUUUAGAUAUGCAAGAUGAUCAAGCAACAACAAUGAGAGAAAUCUUUAGAUCACUUGUUAUCGCACAACCAAAUAGUUUUAUCGAUCAAAUACCAAUUACAAAGAUGUUUACAUUGUUAUUUAGAAAAUAUAAUUCAAAUAACAGCAACAAUCAUGAUGAUAAUAACAACCAAGAAGAAAUAGAUGAAAAAGACACUGAUAGAUUCAUACCUAAACAAAAUCAAACAUCAAUUACAUUUAAGAAAUCAACGAAAAUUACAUUAUUUGAUUUCGAUUCAUCAACUACACCUAUUUCAGAUCUAAUUGAAAUUAAUAAGAAUAAAAUAUUAUUCAAAUGUAAUAUAAAUAAUGAUGAUAACAAUAAUAAUAGUGAUAUGGAAAUGGAUAUGGAAAUAGAUACAAGUCAGACAUCUGAUAAUAAUGAUAUUAAUAAUUAUCGAGAAUCAAUUAUAUGUCUACAAUCACCAAUAUCAAUUAAAGGAAUGUAA